AUGGACUCCGUCACCACGACGGAGGCGGCGCUUCUUUCCAAACUCCAGUCCUCCAGUGACCUCACGGAUCUCCACCGCGCAUUCACCUUACACCUCGAGCCCUUUAGUAUUCAUCUUAAACGCACCACCAUCAAAAAAUCCUCAAAAUCCAAUUCUACUGACGACCAGCGCGCCAUACGAAACCUUGCAAAACAGUUCUUACCUUUUCUUCACAAAUCCCUCUCUCACAUUCCCAAACGCCUCUCCGAAUCCCCUAAAAUUGCCCACCAUUCCGCCCUUGGACUCUUCGAUGCUUAUCGCCUCUGCCUCAACUGCCUUGAAUUGAUAGCACCAGAGCUUGCUGGUAAAUCCUAUCCAGUUCAGGUUCAGAGGCUUCGGUACAUACACUGUUUAGAGCACUGGGAGUUGUACGAAGAUGCACAGACAGAGAGUUUUUCUGUGCUCGAGAGCUUUCAGAGGAUUGUUAAAGGCGAUUCAAAGGGUAAAUUGAGGAAAUCCAAGACACUGUUGGUUCCUGAAAUUAAUGAGAAGAGCGUUGAUGAAGAAUUUACGGUUUUAGUGUUGGAAACUGUCGUGACAUUAGUGAAGUGUGCCUCAAAGAGUCAGAGUAAAGAAGAUGCUGACUACUGGAGAGUUAUUGCUUUGGCAAAGCAAUCCCAGCCAUUGUUCAAGGUUUUAGAAGCCAAGGACCGUGAGAAAUUCCACCAAUCACUUGUGUUGUAUUUACAUAGAAUUGCUGUGUUUUUGGUUGGGGAAUUGACCUUUUUCGAAGUUGAUUUGAUAAUCAAGUUUUGUUUGACGACCUUUGAAGCAUAUAAGCAAUCAUCUGUCCAAGAGGAUAUGUACAAGUUUGCAGGCAAGAUCUGUUCUUAUCUGUUCUUGCAAAAAAAUGACCUAUGCAUUCACAGUGUUAUUGACAUAUUGAAAUGUGUGUUGAACUUUAUGGCCACCGAAUGCAAGGUUGGAAUGGAGAAAGCAAAACUGGAGUUUUUGGAACUUGUCUAUUAUUGUGUAAAUAAAUGUCGAGCUACAACUUUGAAUAUUUGUGAUGCUGUUGCAGAGUAUUUGAAUGAAUUAGGAGGCCACUUUUGUGAGGCUUUUUCGUCCAUUAAUUUGAUUAUGAGGCUUCAUGCGACUGGAUUGUUAAUGAGUCCAUUCAUUCAUCAGUCAAAGGGGGAAAAAGUUGCAAAUUCAAGCAAUAUUAAGGAUAGAUCUGCCCUUCAAUUCUUGCGGAAUAAAGGGGACAUGCUUCAGCAACUCAGUGGUUUACUUGAUUUAGCAAAAGGCCAAUUCAAUAUUGGUGCCAAAGAGAACAGCUUUCAUGAAAGAGUGUCCUAUUUAUCUUCUUAUUAUGAUGCUCUCAAAUUUUUGUGUCAGCCAAUUGCUGAAUGCAUCCAUUCUGAAAGAACAGAGAUUUUUGCCGAGACAGAUGGUGUAUCCUACUGGACCACCCUAGGAAGUAUUCAGGAUGCAUUUCAACAAUUAUGCUAUAUCUUUCUCACUUAUCAAAGAUGCAGUGAAACUGAAAGGAAGAUCGACAUAUCUGAUGAGGAUAGCAGACUUAUAUUUUCUGUAGUUGUGGCUUCUCUUGUGCUUUCAUUCAAAAAUGGCUAUAAUACCAAGGAGAGUGUCUCUUUAGUAGAGCAUGUUAUUUCGAUAGACUGGUUUCCAGCCAAGAGGCUAAAGUACCUUUGUGUUUCUCUUCACAAUGUAGCUGUGAUUUUGAACAGAAAUAAGCGGCUGAAAGAGGCUGUAAAAGCUUUAAAGUUGUGUUGCAAAGCUUCAUGGAAAUGCACAGUAAAUCUCUGUAUAACACUCGUGGACAAAUCAAAUAAGUUUCAUGAUGACGUAGCAGAAGAUACUGUUGCAGAUUUUGUCAAAGAGGCUUCAGCAGAAACUGCUUUUUUGUUAGAUUUACUUAAUCAUGGAAGUAACUGCAAGAUGAAUAAAAUCAUUAGAGAAUGCCUUGAAAGCUGGUCUGUUGCUGAAAAUUUGGUAGAAACACUGCCAGCUCCGGUAUCUGUUGUGAAAUGUUGGAUAAAGAGAGAAUGUAAACUCUGUCAGGAUGUGGAGGUAGAGAAUGUUGCAAUGCUGUACUCUUUAGCUUCAUCUUCUAUGGAAAUGUCAAAAAGAACACUUGAAAAAUUAUUGGAACAGGAGCUUCUCAUGUACAAAGAAAUGAGGUCUCUGAACCCAAGAUUAUGUCACAAAAUGCGAUUGAAAAUUAUGGGUGUUCUUCUGGAAGAGGUUUACCUCACAAAAGAUAAGUGUUUAGAGAAAUCCAGAAUUCUGAUCGAAAAGGGAAGGGAACUAAGAGCUGAUGGAAUAACACAACUGCAUGAGUCCGUGCAGUGUCUGUCUGGUGCAAUUUCCACAUUGAAGGCUAUCUAUGGAAAAGAUAAAAGCUGCAGUUCUCGAGUUCACUAUCUCCUGGCCUGCGCUUAUAUUAUACGUGCACUAUGUACCCAAGAGGCAGAACCUAACUCAGAGGCCUUUUUGUAUAAAAGUAACUUUCUUCAAGAUAUCCAGGCUGCAGUUGAACUCUGCUCAAGUCGAAAUCAUUGCCAUGCAGAUGAACAGUGCAGUAUGAUGAGGGAAGAUGCGCUAAAUUUGUUCUAUAUGACCAUUGAUUUGCUAUCGGUAAAGGGAUACAUGGAAAUUCACCCCGGCAUGUAUGAUGUGGUGAUCCAGUUGUUUAACCUGAAAAACAUUACCCUGAAGAAGAUGUUGGCCGAACUCUGGAAAAACAGAAGGCUCAGUCACGCCCUCUGUGCUUCACCUAUAAAUGAUGUGUUCAUGAGAACUUUUUCUAAGCAUUGUGAUCAAUUUUACAAGUCUGAUGAUUUCUGGAGAACUUGUGCUGUGGAAAUGAAGCCACUACUAGCUGGGUUUGAUCACACUGACGAUGAUAUUAAGAAAGCUGCUUCUGAUUUAAUUUCCAAUGUUACUCAAAACAGUGGCUCAACAUUUCUUUCUUCGCAUCUCUACUAUGACUUGUCUGAAAGACUGAUUCUAAAAGGAAAACUGAUCGAGGCUCUUUCAUAUGCAAAAGAAGCCCAUAGAUUACGUAGUAAACUUCUGCACGAGAAGUUUAAGUACUCAGCUGAGAAUCAGACUGAAAUCUUUGAUGAAAAUGGGGAGCUCGUGGAGAAGAGUUACUAUAGCAUUCAGACAUUUCAAAUUCGUUAUUUAGUGACGAACAAUGGGUGGUUGGGCGAUGGCAUUUCUUGUGACUAUGAAGGCUGCAUUCUUUCUCCUUGGAAUGUACUUAGCUGUUACCUUGAAAGCGUUUUACAGGUUGGAAUUGUUCAAGAGAUUCUAGGAGAUGGCUCUGAAGCUGAAAUGCUUUUUCGGUGGGGGAAGAGCAUCUCACAGUUUCAGGGCUUGCCACUUUUUGAAAUUUCUUUUUCUUCCAUGCUAGGAAAACUAUACCGGAAACAACAAUUUUGGGCCUUGGCAGAAAAGGAAUUACUCAGUGCUAAGAAAACCUUGGAUGAUAACCUCUCUGUCCUUUCUUGCAUGAAAUGUGUGUAUGCACUUGAAGUUACCAUUAAUCAGCAACUUGGAGAUUUAUUCUUAUGCAGAUCUUGUAGUAAUAGAGAAGAACCUUUUACAAAGAAUUUUCAUGCCAAAAGCUUGUACAGAUUGGCAUUAGAAAAGCUAAAUCUAUCUGAGUGGAGGAAUUCUGUCUUUGAUCCUGAAAAUGCUAGGGAUGAGCAGGUCAUUUGCAGAGAGAGUUCAUUUUCUGGUUGUGCACCUGAUCUUGUAGUGGCAAAAGAUUCAUCUUCCCGAAAUGAUAAACCAGAAAUUAAAUUUGAUUCCAAAAGAUCUAGAAAAACUAAGAACUUGAAGCGUGAUAAAGAGACACAAGGCAUCAUUGUUGAUCAAAAUCGUAGAAUGACUCGUUCCACAUAUCGCUCUUUAGGUAAAAGUUGUGAGAUCACUCCAGGUGACAAAAAAAUUGGUGAUGCUACUUACUUUAACAAUGAGCAUUUGUCCGCUAGCACUGUUGCUUGUCAUCAAGAUGCGCCUGAUUUAGAAACUGAAUGUUAUGCUACUGAUUUUGAAUGUGAUAUCAACUGCCUUUGCAACAAGAUGAGAUGUUGGCACUGUCUUCACCUUGAAGCUGUUAACUCUGGUUCUUUGAACAGCUAUGUAUACAUGAGGUGGGAACUUGUCCACAGAAAGCUUUCUUUAAGGCUACUCAUAAGCAUAGGAAAAUAUGUAGGCCUAUGUGGUGACAUUCAUGAUGCACGCAAAAUUUUCUUUCUAAGUAUUUCAGUUCUUUUCAGAAAAACUUCUUUAUGUUCUAAGUACUCUUCUACUUCCCUUACUUUGUUGAUUGAUUCGAUUGGAAUGGAUUUCCCCGGAGAUGUGUUAGCCGUUGAACGUGCUGCUCUUCUUUACUAUAUAUGCUGGUUCACAUUGAAAAUCAAUCCAUAUCCGGAUACCAGAAAAGUUUGUUAUGAGAAUUUGUGCAUCGGGACAUCAAAAAUUGUUUCUCUACUGAAGUUGGCCUUUCUACUUUGUCGUGAAGCUCCUUUACUUUUUCAAAAGAUUUCCAGGUUGCUUGCUGUUCUAUAUGUACUUUCUACAUCAUUGGAGCCUUUUUCUUUAUCUCCAAGAGAAGUAGGACGCGAAAGUCAAUGGGCUUCCUUUUUUCAUCAAGCUUCAAUUGGAAAUUAUCUUAAUCAACAGCUCUAUGGUAUGAUGAAGAAGCAACAAAAUCAACAUGAUAAAGAUUCGGAUUCUUUGCUUCCAAAAUCACUGUCCACUGUCACUGAUACACUGAACUCACUCAGGCUCGUGCCAGAAUCACAUGAAAAUCUUGAAGAAUUUGUUGCAAGAUUUUUUCAAGACCUGCCUUGCGCUCCAGUUAUUUGCAUUAGCUUGAUUUCAGGUGCUGAUGCUCGUCUGUUGAGAGAACUGUCGUGUUGUCCUUCGACAGUUGAAGUAUGGAUUCUAUUAUCCCAUUUGAAUUCAGAAAAUCAGCAUGUUAUACUUCUGCCAGUGAAUUCAAUAUUGGAAGGAGGACUUUCAGAUGAUGACAUGGACUCCAGUUCAUGUGUCUCCUUUAAAGGCAAAGAUUUUGUGAAGAGUUGGAAGUGUCCUUGGGUCACCACUGUGGUAGAUUACAUAGCCCCAAAAUUCAGACAGCUAUUGGAGGGGAACUACUACUCAUCCUCUGGACAUUUCCAAGAGGAUACAAAAGAGAGCAGAUUAUUGUGGUGGAAGAAAAGGAACAGACUUGAUAAAUGCCUCUGUAAAUUUAUACAAGAUGUGGAAGAUCAUUGGCUAGGUGUUUGGAAAUAUGUGCUUUCGGGAGAAUGGCCAAACCUCAAACAUCUGGAUUCCAUAGAAGAUGGCCUCUGUGAAGAAGAGAAAUGUGUUCUACGAAUUAUCUCGAGUAAAAAAUGCUAUCUUGAUGUCAGAUCAGAGGCUUCAUCAUCUAAAGUGUCUGUUGAUAUUGAUAGUCUCAUGCAGUCAGUUUUCGAAAAAAUACAUGCAACACCAGAUGAUGAUAAGGUUGAAUGCACGAAGAGAAGUCCAAUUAUUUUGGUUUUGGAUUUCGAGGUUCAGAUGCUGCCAUGGGAGAAUCUGCCAAUACUGAGAAACAAAGAGGUUUAUCGCAUGCCCUCUGUUGGAAGCAUUGUUGCAACACUCAACAGAUGUUGCCAAGACCAGGCUAUAACCUUUCCACUGAUAGAUCCUGUAGACCUAUAUUAUUUAUUGAAUCCAGAUGGUGAUCUUAACCAUACACAGGUUGAAUUCGAGAACUGGUUUCAAGAUCAGAAUUUCGAGGGAAAGUCUGCAACUGUGCCUCCUAUCAACGAGCUGACGGUAGCUUUGAAAAACCAUGACCUGUUUGUUUAUAUGGGUCAUGGAAGCGGAAUGCAAUAUAUCCCCGGAAGCAAGAUUCAAGAACUUGAUAGUUGUGCUGCAACUCUACUAAUGGGAUGCAGUAGUGGUUCUCUUUCCUUGAGAGGGUGCUAUGCCCCACGAGGAGCUCCCAUCUCGUAUCUGUUGGCUGGUUCUCCUGUUAUUGUGGCUAAUUUGUGGGAGGUAACUGACAAGGACAUCGAUAGAUUUGGUAAGGCUGUGCUUAAUGCUUGGUUAAGAGAGAGAAAAGAAGCUCCUCCAGAUUGUACUCAAUGUAAUAUGAAUGUAAAGAAAUACAAGUCUAUAGAUCGUUGUACUCACAGACCGAGAAUUGGAUCAUUCAUGGGGCAAGCUCGAGAUGCUUGUACCCUCCCUUUUCUCAUUGGUGCUUCACCAGUUUGCUACGGUGUUCCUACCUGUAUAAUGCGAAAGAAAAAUGUAUAG